CAGUGAAGACAGUCCUCCCGGCUUGAAUGGGUCCCUACUGUUCCAUCUCAGGGCACACUCAGCUAUGCUGGACACAGGACCCUUUUACCAAAAACUGAAGUUCAAGAGCCACCAUUCUGGAGAGCUCAGUGGGUCUGGCAGGAACCCUAGAAGUUGAUAUAUAUAUAUAUAUUUUUUUUAAUCAGAGGAGGUUGUUUGAAUCAAAGGCUUGGAACAAACUCCCCUGUUUCAUUUCCAAAGACCGGAGGAUUCCCAGAGGCAGAGGAAAGAGCCUCGGAAAUGGGCGGAGGAUGAGAACGGAGAGGCCAAAGAGGAAGAAAAACAAAGCUGCCGGAGAGAAUGUGCAGGUUUCAGCUGUGUCAACGCUCCUGUCAGUCUGAUCAUCCCCUGAUCUCGUCUCCGAAUGAACUCAGGAGCAAGUAGAAGAAGCCACCAUGUGAGAGCUCCCCCUCUCCACCGCCGACUGUCUCUUACUGUGUGUGUAGAUUCCUCUCCUGAUAAAUAGAAACGUGUGGAGGGUUUUUUUAUAUACAUUUUUUUUCUGACAGAACUAGAGGAAUGAUGUUGUGCUGCUGUGGGAGGCUGGGUGCAGCUGUAAGGCUGUGGAUCACUCUGUGGAUUAUCAGCCCCAGCUGUUUCUUCUACUCUGCACACGCACAGACUAGGAUCCCCACAGAAACGGUUAAACUAUGGGCGGAUGCAUUUGGAGGAGAAAUGUUCUCUUUAGCAACAAAAUACUCAGGAUCCCACCUGCUGCAAAAGAAAUACAAGGAUGUCGAGUCGAUAAUAAAGAUCGAGGAGGUGGAAGGUUUGGAACUGGUGAGGAAAUUCGCCGAGGAAAUGGAGGAGAUGUUGGGCAGAAAAAUGAAAGCCGUAAAGAGGCUGGUCAACGCCGCAGAGGAUGCUGACUUGUACCAUGAGUAUAAUGCGUUGUUAGAGUAUGAUUACUUCAACUCUGUGAAGGUCAAUGAGAGGGAUGAAGAUGGUAACUACGUGGAGCUGGGCAGUGAAUUCAUCCUGGAGUCCAACGAGCAUUUCAACGACCUGCCUGUCAACACCUCGCUCAGCAACAUCCAGGUCCCCACCAACGUCUACAACAAAGACCCAGGCAUUCUGAAUGGGGUGUACAUGUCAGAGGCUCUGAACCCCCUGUUUGUGGAUAACUUCGAGAGGGACCCCACCCUUACCUGGCAGUACUUUGGCAGCUUUACAGGAUUCUUCAGGCUCUACCCAGGUAUUAAAUGGCAGCCGGAUGAGAAUGGCGUUAUCGCUUUCGACUGCAGGAACAGGAAUUGGUAUAUCCAGGCUGCCACAUCUCCAAAGGACAUUGUGAUUGUUGUCGAUAUCAGCGGCAGUAUGAAGGGUCUGAGGCUGAGCAUCGCCAAGCACACCAUCACCACCAUCCUGGACACACUGGGGGAGAACGACUUCGUCAACAUCAUCGCUUACAACGAUUAUGUCCAUUACGUUGAGCCUUGCUUCAAAGGGACGCUGGUACAGGCAGAUCUCGACAAUCGAGAGCAUUUCAAGCUGCUGGUGGAAGAGCUGCAUGCCAAGGGGAUGGGAACAGUGAAGACGGCUCUGAAAGAGGCUUUCGGCAUCCUCAGUCAGUUUAACGUGACUGGCCAGGGAAGCCUGUGUAACCAGGCCAUCAUGCUCAUCACAGACGGGGCGGUAGAGGAUUACAAGCAGGUGUUUGAAGACUACAACUGGCCCGACCGCAAGGUCCGUGUCUUUACCUACCUGAUUGGACGGGAAGUGACGUUUGCUGACAACGCGAAGUGGAUCGCCUGCAACAAUAAAGGCUACUACACUCAGAUCUCCACGCUGGCCGAUGUGCAGGAGAAUGUGAUGGAGUACCUGCAUGUCCUGAGCCGGCCCAUGGUCAUCAACCACGACCAUGACAUCAUCUGGACAGAGGCCUACAUGGACAGCGCACUGCCCAAGUCCGACGAGCUCUUUGCCUCUCAAGCCCAGAGUCUGCUCCUCAUGACAACAGUGGCCAUGCCAGUCUUCAGUAAGAAGAAUGAAACCCGUUCGGAGGGGAUUCUGCUGGGGGUGGUGGGGUCUGACGUCCCUCUCGGAGAGCUGCUAAAGCUGGCCCCCAGGUACAAGCUUGGAGUCCAUGGCUAUGCGUUCCUUAACACAAACAAUGGUUACAUUCUCUCACACCCUGAUCUGCGACCUCUGUACAAAGAAGGGAAGAAACUGAAGCCCAAGCCAAACUACAACAGUGUGGACCUGGCCGAGGUGGAGUGGGAGGACACUGAUGAAGUACUGAGGACAGCGAUGGUGAAUGGAGAGACAGGGGCUUUCUCCAACGAUGUGAGGAUGCCAGUUGAGAAAGGGAGAAGAGUACUGUUCCUGACCAAUGAUUAUUUCUAUACAGUUAUCAAGGAGACCCCAUUCAGCCUGGGUGUCGUUCUCACCAGGGGCCACGGGGAAUACAUCUUCAUGGGGAACAUCUCUGUGGAAGAAGGCCUGCAUGACUUGCAGCAACCAGAUCUGACUUUAGCUGACGAGUGGAUUUACUGCGUGACGGAUAUUGACCCGCACCAUCGCAAACUCUCCCAGCUUGAAGCCGUCAUCCUCUACCUCACAGGAGUGGAGCCUGAUCUGGAAUGUGACGAGGAGCUGGUACAGGAAGUGCUGUUUGAUGCCGUGGUUACCGCCCCUCUGGAAGCCUAUUGGACAGCUUUGGUUCUCAAUUCUUCCAACUCAGCGGAUGGCGUUGAGGUGGCUUUCCUGGGCACUCGAGCUGGGCUGGUCCGAUUCAGCCUGUUUGUCGGCUCUGAGAAGCGUGUGAAUAAGAAGUUCCUGACGAAGGCAGACAAGGACAGCAUCUUCACCAUGGAUCACUUCCCCUUGUGGUACCGGCGCGCGGCUGAGCACCCUCCAGGCAGCUUCAUCUACUACAUCCCCUACGAGGAGGGGCGAGAGCGGAAGUCCAGUAGUGUGAUCGCCAGCACAGUGGUGUCAGUCACGGUGAACCAAAAGAUGGCCAUCGCUGCAGCCGUAGGGAUUCAACUCAGGCUGGAGCUGCUGGAGAAGAAGUUCUGGACAGCCACGAGACAGCCCAACGACACCGAUUGCAGCACAAUAGACGGAAUGUGCCCUAUCAGCUGUGAUGAUGAUAAUCUGAACUGCUAUCUCAUUGACAGCAAUGGCUUCAUCCUGGUCUCCAAGGACAAAAAAGAGGCAGCUAAGUUCCUUGGGGAGGUGGAUGGCUCAGUGAUGCAGCAGCUCCUCAAUACAGGAAUGUUCAAACAAGUGACGCUAUACGAUUACCAGGCGAUGUGUAAGAUAGGCUACCACCACCACAGCGGAGCCAGACCCCUGCUCAGCCCUUUCUAUGGUCUGCUGGUGGCUGUCAAGUGGUUCCUCAGCAAUGUAUUCCUGUUUCUGAUGGAGUUUAAUUUCUGUGGGUUUUGGCAUUCAGACAGCAUCGUGGACGCCAAGUCUGUCUUCCAUGCAUCUCACAAGCAGAAGAAACAGGACAUGCUGCAGCCGUGUGACACUGAGUAUCCAGCCUUCGUGUACGAGCCUUCCGUCAAAGAGACCAACAGCCUGAUCGAGUGCGGGACCUGCCAAAAGAUGUUCGUGGUUCAGCAGAUCGCUAAUAGUAACCUGCUGCUGCUGGUGACUCAGGCCGACUGUGACUGCAGCCUCUACCCCCCAAUCACACUCGAACCUCAUGAAGUCAAAUAUAUCCUUUUAUUUGAUAUGGAAAUUAUUUAAACUCAGAUACACAUGUUCUGUGCCAGGCCUAUUGUAGUGCCGCAAUAUUUUUGUAUUAAAUUGAACUAUUACAUUGAUAUACUUUUAAAUGAUAAAUAAUAUUAUUCAAAUAGUAAUAAAUAGUGAUACAGUGUAGCCAUUUUGACAGCAAAUUGUACAAUGCCAUGCAAUCCAAGAUAUUUCACUUUUUUUACACGGAAGUCUAAUAUUGUUUUUAUAUAGAAUAGCAGAUGGACUGCUGGUUCUAAUUAAGUCUAUUUAAAGGUAAGGAAUACUAAAAUAAACUAAAAUUCAAAUGACAAAUGUUUUGACUAGAACUCUUUUUCAAUGGCUUCAAAUUACAUUUAAAGGUAUGCACGUUCUGGGGUCCCCGAGUGUGCAUGGUGAGCCAUACAGUCAGGGGAGCGCAGGUUCGAGUCCUGGCUCUGUGAAGUCGUCAGUCUUCUCUGGGGAUUCUGGAGGGGGCGUUGUAUUAGCUCUGGCACUCCUACGGGUUAGGGGGGCAAAACCAGUAGAGACUGUUUCUCCUGGCCAGGCGCCCAGUGAGCUCACAGCGGACACCUGCAGGGCUGGCCUUUGUCCUGCAGAGGCCGGUAGCUCGCUGACAUCCGCUCUGGAGUUCCUGGAUGUAAAAGAGGAAGCUGGCUCGGUCGUAGGAUCGGAGGAUGCCCACUGAACCUUCAGUUCUCCUGAGCUGUGUGGGGAAUUACUGUGGUGAGGGGAAAGAAUAACUGGACAUUCUAAAUUGGGGGUGAAAUAAUUGGGCACUCUAAAUAAAAUAAAAUGUUAUACACAUUCUCAGUUGAUGAUGAUCCAUUUUAUUUAUAAAUUAAUCAACUAACAUAUUUAGUUGACAGCUAAACUAUUGAGUAAUGGUAGGGGAAAAAAUGCUUUAAUUUGAACCCAGGGUUACAUGCGUGGAUUGAACAUUUGUAUCCUGAGCCCCGCUGCACAUAACGCCUCAGUGAAGUGUGACAGGAUGCGCUCCCAGAAGAUCAGAAGGCGUCCAGAUUCCUGCCACGCUUUCCAUCCUGAGGAAAAUGCUCAGGACUGUGGGGGAGCCUCAGAAAUGUCUCUCUCUUUGCCCCUCUUCAUAUUGUCGCUCUGCUCCGCGGCAGCUGUGUUGCGGUGAUGGGACACGCUUCGCAGUCUCUUCUGUGACUCUUCCUGGAGAACCUUCUGAAUGAAGUCUGCAUGCAACAAUUUGUUUGUUUUGGUUAUUUAGUUUCCUUUCACAUGCAAAAUUUAACUGUUGACCAUAUGGUAAUGGUUACAUUUCUAUUUCAGGGAACCAAGGUUAUGAUAAUAACCUAAUGUUCUGUUUUGUUAAAAAAAAAAAAAAUGCAACAAGCAAAGAACUGAAUGUGCUGAAAACAGCAGGUUUGAAAAAUCAACCAUAACAGAAAAGACAUUUCGGAAUGAAUCUGGAAGAUUUUGGACAUGUCUUUCAGUUUCAAUUAGACCUCUUGGGUGUCUCAAGAUGGUAAAAUGACUUCCAAACCAGAGACGAAAACUUGAAACAUUCGCCAUGAACAUGAAAUGAUUCCAUAGGCCUGCAUUGCACUGUGUGGUCCCAUCCUGUCUAGAAAUACCAACUCAAUGUGAUGUUGCUUAUCGUGGACAGCUUUCCAAUUCCUUGUGACUUUUUUGAGCUCCAUGUUAAGCGUUCUUCCAGCAGAUCUCAACGAUGGGAAGGAUGCCAGACUUUGCUGUUUAAAGGAAUAAACAGUAAGCUCUUGAA